CCUGUCCCUCCCCCUCCUCUCCACCUCCUAAAAGUCAUAUUGAUUCAGCUCUUGGGUACAGAAGCCCCUUCAGCUGUCAGAGCACCCCCCUCAAUACCACAACAGCACCCCUGCAGGACUGGAGAUCUGCUCUAGCAGGGGGACCCUCAGCCAAGAUCCCCCCCUAGCCAAGGGGGGCAGGAGAAGGGAGGGGGACUUGAUCUUGUAGGUGGGAGAAAGCUGCACCUUUCCCAUAAGACACAAGGAGGUGUAUCUGAGCAUCGCAGCAUCCUCCAGCAGACUGCACAGUCAGGGACCAGCGCUGCUCCAUCUCCCUGGGUACACAGCCACUGCAAGGAGAGAGCCCUGGCUAGGGUAGACUGCAGGAUGCCGGCUCUUCAUGCUUUCUCCACGGUGCUGCUGAUCCUGGCUUCUGUGCAAGGACUGCCGCUGCUGGAUGAGGAGGCCACAGAAAAUCCCGAGUUGUUGCACACAUCACCCCUGGGGCGCUCAGACCCAGUCUCCCUGGAGCAGCUCGUUCACCAGGCUGUCAUGAAGAAAGACUUUCUAGGACAGGACACCUUCUUCGCAGGUACAACCUCUGUUCCGACCCGGGCUGCCCCCGUGUCCUUGACCGAAGACCUGGCUCCAGCGGGUGUCAGUGAGACCUCCGGUGUCCUCACCACCGCCAUCGGUGGGGCGUUCUCCCUGCCCCCACCUCUCAGUACAUUGACACCUCCAUCACCAGCACCAACCGGAGGCCCGGGGCCCUCUGCUGAAGGGGAGGAAGAGACCACGACCACACUCAUCACCACAACAACUGUAACUACGGUACACAGUCCCGUUCUCUGUAACAACAACAUCUCUGAGCUGGAGGGGCUGCUGGAGGCACCUGAAUAUUCUGGCGGAAGUUUCUUUGGUGGUCUGGACUGCACAUACACUGUGUCUGUAUACCUGGGACAUGGAGUGGAGAUUCGGGUGGAGAAAUUGAACCUGUCGAAAGAGGAGGCUCUAAGUAUAGAGGGAUUAGAAGAGGACCAUCGCUUCCUUCUGGCCAAUGAGACCCUGAUGGCUGAGGGUCAGGUGAUUCGCAGUCCAACCAAUCAUAUUGCAGUGCGCUUCCAAACUUACCGCGCAACCAGUCCGGGCGCAUUCAAACUGCGUUAUCAAGCCUAUGUCCUGAGCUGCGUCUUCCCUCCCCGGCCCGAGAAUGGGGAAGUCACCGUUACAGACCUCCACCCAGGUGGGGCAGCCAAUUUCCACUGUGCUCCUGGCUUCACUUUGAAGGGCGUAGACUCUUUGGUCUGCCUGAACAUCACCCGUCCACAGUGGAGUGGAAAACCACCAGUGUGCGCAGCCUGUGGGGGUGUAAUACGUAACGCCACGGUGGGACGCAUUGUGUCACCUGAUGUCACUGCAAACCAUGCCAAUAACCUGAGCUGCCAUUGGCUGAUUGAGGCAUCAGAGGGACAGCGACUUCACCUGCACUUUGAGAGGGUCUCAUUGGAUGAGGACAAUGACAGGCUGGUGGUCCACUCCGGCAGUUCCACGCUCUCCCCGCUCAUCUAUGAUUCCGAUAUAGACGAUGCCCCAGAAAGAGGUCUCCUGAGUGAUGCGCAGUCUCUUUACAUCGAGCUUGUCUCGGAGAAUCCGGCGGUACCCCUGCUUCUCAGCCUGCGCUAUGAGGUGUUCUCAGAGACCCGCUGUUAUGAACCUUUCUUGGCUCACGGUAAUUUCAGCACAUCUGACCCUCUCUUCUCCCCGGGGACACUGGUCUCAUUCUCCUGUAAUGCGGGGUACAUGCUGGAACAGGGACCCCCUGUCAUAGAGUGUGUGGACCCCACAGAUCCUCAUUGGAAUGAGAGCGAGCCGGUGUGUAAAGCGCUCUGUGGUGGGGAGAUCUCCGAGCCGGCUGGGGUGAUCCUGUCUCCGGACUGGCCGCAGAAUUACGCCAAGGGUCAGGACUGUGUAUGGGGGAUCCAUGUUCAGGAGGACCGGAGGGUGCUGCUGGAGAUAGAGAUACUGAACAUCCGUCGGAGUGAUGCCCUGACAGUCUAUGAUGGUGAUGACCUGACAGCGCGAGUUUUGGGCCAGUAUAUGGGGGUUCAUCAACGGUUCAACCUGUUCUCAUCAGCCAAUGAUGUGACCCUGCAGUUCCAAUCUGACCCCAAUGACCCUGUAUUUAGCUUGAGCCAGGGAUUCAUCAUCCACUUCAAAGUUCAUCUCCCCCUAGAGGUGCCACGGAAUGACACCUGCUCAGCUUUGCCCGAUGUGCAGUCCGGCUGGAAAACCUCCUCCCACCCCGAUCUCAUCCGCGGCACAGUCGUCACCUAUCAGUGUGAACCUGGCUAUGACAUCAUCGGUUCAGACAUCCUGACCUGCCAAUGGGAUUUGUCCUGGAGCAACGCCCCUCCCACAUGCGAGAAGAUCCUGAACUGCGCAGACCCCGGAGAGAUCGCAAAUGGAGUGCGCAGGGCAUUUGACCAACGUUUUCCCAUCGGCUCCCAUGUUCACUAUUCAUGUAAUGAAGGUUACACGCUGGAAGGGAGCGAAAUUCUGACUUGUUACAACAGAGACACUGGAACCCCCAAGUGGAGCGACCGUAUCCCCAAAUGUGUCUUGAAGUACGAGCCCUGUCUGAACCCCGGGGUCCCGGAGAACGGCUACCAGACCCUCUAUAAGCAUCACUACCAGGCUGGGGAAGCGCUGAGGUUCUUCUGUUAUGAGGGAUUUGAGCUGAUUGGUGAAGUCACCAUUAUCUGUGUUCCUGGACACCCAUCUCAAUGGACCAACCAACCGCCCCUCUGUAAAAUUGCAUACGAGGAGCUCUUGGACGACAGGAAGUUAGAAGUUGCUCAGACGACGGACCCCUCCCAUCAAAUGGAGGGCGGGAACAUAGCGCUAGCCAUCUUCCUGCCAAUCAUCCUGGUCAUCCUGCUGAUUGGUGGAAUUUACAUCUACUACACAAAGUUUCAAGGGAAAUCGCUGUUCGGAUUCUCUUUCCCAGCCUCACAUUCUUACAGUCCCAUCACUGUGGAGUCCGAUUUCAACAACCCAUUAUACGAGGCAGGGGAUACCCGGGAGUAUGAGGUGUCGAUUUGAAGAUGGGUUGAAUUUAUGGGUACAAACACGGGGCGGGUGGGGUCAUACGUGAGAGAUAUCAGAUUAUACACAGAUUGAGGGUCUUAAUUUACAGAUUGCAAUCACAAGCUGCACAGUCCCUCACCCUGCGAUCGUCUGUCAUGUGAUCACCCACAGAGUUCUAAACACUUGGGGGGCUUUGAACUUUAUCCCGUGUCUUCUUAAAGGAGGAGGCGCUGCCAUCUUGGAGAGAACCGUGAUUGUGGCAGGCUCAUUAAAAUAGCACAGUAAUUUACUAUGACCAACGUACUAUGGUAGGAAGUGAGUUUAGGGAGGGAAAUGAUAGACAAGUCAUUGUUUUCUUAUUUCAGUAGGAACACAUUUCCUGUAUAGUGGUGCGGGUCUCUUGGGGAAAAUCAGUCCAAUAAGAGCCAUGCUUGUUACUGUUAGUCACCCCCCAUCUCCAGAUCUCUGCCUUCCUUCACUGCAAAACCCAGGAUUGUAUGUAUAAGCUAUUGUGGUUGUAAAAUAGAUAGUGCUUUUUAAUUUCACCAGGACAGCAAUUACUAUUGAUAUUUGAAGCACACCUCCAUCCCUUAGGAGAUGUGUUUGUUUUAAAUCCCCAUUUUUAAUAUUUACCUACAUUAAAGGUUAAAGGGGAAGGGGGGUGUUCAGGGAUUUAUUUGACCUGUAUGUAUAGGUAAAAAACAUAGUUCAGUCUUGGUCUCCAAGGAAAUGGCCACCCUUGUCCAGCACCAGAGACACUUAUGAAUAGUGUCAGGUGACUAGUCUGUUUAAAACUCUGUGCCUUCACCCUGCAAACAUCCAUCAGUCAUCGUGUGACCUCUCACCCUUGUAAAUGUCAUUUGUGCCAAAGUAAUACUGCAAUGUCUGUGCUCUAGCGGGAGCUUCCCAUGACUCCAUUAAAUCCUCCAGCACCGGGGCCCGGGCCCCACAUCCACACACAGUAUUGCUCUUUACACCGCUCUCCUACCAGAAAGGAUCGAAAUGAUCGCUCAGCUGUACAUCACACUCUCCCCGUCUGUCUCCAUUUCUUUUUUUUUCUCCCACAAAUUAAUUUCAGGAGACUCAAACAUGGCCGCCACAGGGCACCGAUGAGUGUCUGAUUCGGGCACACCUUUAAAUCUCUCAUACCGUCCGUCUGUUUGUGUCACCUCCAGCUCCGCUUGUCAAACUGGCUUUAUUUUCAGGCAAUAAAGAGCGAGAUUUGUAAAAUAA